CCUCGGAGGAGCGCAUAGCGACGAGACAAUAGAGGCAGUUAUCUCUCAACAUGUGCAGUUUAGAAGAGAAUCAAUGAUCUCACAUGUCACUCCAGCGCCCAAUGAAGGUAAUGAUUGACCCUGCGGCACCAAUCCUUCGACAAGCCUCCUCCACACGCAUCUCAUCAUGACGACACGAUGCUGGAUGUGUCGCUGGGCGACUGUAGGAGGUAUAAAUGCGUCAAUAUGGGCAGGCGCAUAGGAGCAUACCAUAGCCUUUUUACUACAGCAUAGAAGCUUCACAUUGGCUGCUUCAUAAUCACCUACUAUCCCAACACACAUCCCAGUCAUGGAGGCGAUCAAGGACGCAAUCUUCAGCAACACCUUCGACCCCGACACGGAGAUUCCAGAUCUCAGCGGCAAGGUCUACGUCGUCACCGGCGGCUCAGCAGGCAUCGGCUUCGGUAUCGUCGCACAUCUUCUCCAGCACAAUGCCCAGAAGAUCUACCUUCUCUCACAAAGCGAACAACACGCUGCCGAAGCACAAGAUGCACUGAAGCACUGGGGCGACGCCAGCCGGGUCGAAUGGAGGCAAUGCAACCUCGAGUCCUUCAAGCAGACAGACAAGGUCGCGAGGGAGCUGUCAAAGGAGCUGGACAGGCUCGAUGCCCUGAUCUGCAAUGCUGGUCUUGGUGUCGGCGUAUACAACGAGAGCGAGGACGGUCUGGACACACACAUGCAGGUCAAUCACUUCGCCCAGGCACAUCUAAUGCUCACACUGCUGCCCAUCCUGCAGAAGACACCCGACUCACGCCUUGUUUCUCAGUCCUCCGACCUCCACCGUCCAGCAAGCAGCGAUAUCAAGUUCGCUUCCAUCGAGGAGAUGAACCAGGACAUCGGCGCCAUGCAGCUGUACAACCGCACGAAGUUGGCCCAGGUCAUCUUCCUUCGCGAGCUGCUGCUGCGCAUCAAGGCUGGUCAGUUCGGCAAGGUUACCGGCAACACGGGUCUACCCUGGAUCAAUGCCACACACCCUGGAGGUGUCGUAACAGACCAGCAAGACCAGGCGAUCGAGGCAUACGGCACGCUCGGCAAGGUCGGUGUUGCCGCUGUACGGCCGCUGAUGAAGGACCCAGUCAAGCAAGGGUGCCGCCCCAUCCUGUUCGCUGCAACACAUCCGGACAUCGUUAAGGAACAGGUGCAAGGCGGGUACAUCGUGCCUGACCGCAAGGUCACAGAGCCGUCAGACCAGUCGAAGAGCCCAGUUCUCGGACUUAACCUCUGGAAGCUGACCAAGCAAAUCCUCGAGCAGAAGAUUGGUAACCUGCCAUACACGAUGCAGGACGACGAGGUGAACCCGAGGCACUUGAAGGAGCAAGGUCUCAUUAGCUAAGCAGUGGCAGCCAAGAACUGUCAGUAUUAUAGAUAUCAGCAUAACGACGUUAUG